GACGCGCGGAGGACGCACGCGAGCGGGCGGAGCGGAGCGGCGGAGCGGCAGAAGAGCUGCGGCAGCGCGCGCACCGGAGCUCACGAGCCGAGGCUGGAUUAUUGGCGGGACACACCGGACAUGGCGGUGACCGGAGACGAGACCGAGGCGGCGGCCACAGGAGAUAUCCCGGCGUACCAGCUGAGGGCGCCAAACCACAGCCUGGCGCAGGGCCUGGUGAUGGCGGCGUCCCCGAGCUCCCAGAAUCCCUCGGGACACUCGGAGGAGGUGACCAGGAAGAGGGAAGUCCGCCUCAUGAAGAACAGGGAAGCGGCUCGGGAAUGUCGCCGGAAAAAGAAGGAGUACGUGAAGUGUUUGGAAAACCGGGUGGCCGUGCUGGAAAACCAGAACAAGACUCUGAUCGAGGAGCUCAAGGCCCUGAAAGACAUUUACUGCCACAAGCCCGAGUGACGCGACCCCAGCCCCGCCCCCCCUCCUCGACCUCACGCCCAGCGGCCAAUCACAGCGCGGCGCCCGCAGGAAGAGGAAGAGCGCCGCUUCCUGUGCUCAGCUGACUAAUCCGGAAGGGUUUUUUUUAGACUGCAUUCCUCCACCUCUCCGUCCAAAUGUUUCCUUCCAAAUGAGUUUCACUGAAGCGUUCGAACGGGACAAAUGCCAAACGGAAAAAUACAGAGUGUCUCAAAACAUCUGACGUCAUUUUAAAAACAAAAAGGUCCAGCUCAGGGACGAUGUUGGUGUCGGUCGAUCGGAUCCGUGAACUCGGCAUAAACUAGGUCAGGUUCGGUUCGGUCGCUUUAUUCGUACCCGUAGGUAAAUUUGCUCUGCAGAUUUGAGCGGCAGGUUCCACAUUUCACAUUUUAUUCAUCCACAAAACACACAGAAAAUCACAAUUACAAAAUAAAGUGUCACAGAUUCUCCAGUGCAGAACGAUUUGUUCCAAAAACGACCAAUUAAAAUUAUCAUCAGGCUCGGAUAAAAUCACACUAAAUAUUAAAUAUGUUAAAAACACACAACCUUAGAUAAAUAGAUUAUAAUUUAUUCAUAAGUACAAUAGUAACUGGAACGAAGCUCCUUUUAAAACGAUUCGUUUUAGAUCUUGGGACUAAAAACCUCAGACCAGAGAGAAGCAGCUGAAACUCUGAGUUUAGUGGAUGUUUCACGUCUUUUAAAAUCCUCUGGGACGUCGUCUGUAAAUGUCUCGAGUCCAGAGAGUCCAGCGGCUCUGAGGAUUCAGAGCGUUCCAGAGCGUUCCAGAGUGUCUCAGAGCGUUCCAGAGUGUUCCAGAGCGUUCCAGAGCGUUCCAGAGUGUCUCAGAGUGUUCCAGAGCGUUCCAGAGCGUUCCAGAGUGUCUCAGAGUGUUCCAGAG